AUAAAUGUCGCCCUGAGAUGACAAGAGAACAUUGGAGGAGAUAAAAAGCACAGCAAAAGGGAAUGAGAGACCAGAAGCAAAGGACAGAGGGCGAUGCCCUCCUAGCCAGCCACCACGGGAUGGAGGGCUUCAUGGACUCAGGGACACAGACGGAUGCCGUGGUGGUGCUGUCCUUGGCUCAGGCCGCCGUGCUGGGCCUGGUCUCGGAAAAUGAGCUCUUCGGAGCCACCAUAAGCGCCGAAGCCUUCUACCCGGACCUGGGGCCCGAGCUGUCCGGGACGGCCAUGGGGGAGCCCGGGCCCCCCGGCCCCGACGUCUACCAGCUGGCCUGCAACGGGAGGGCCCUGGAGGAGCCGGUGGAAGAGGAGGUGCUGGAGGUGGAGGCCGCCUUCGAGAAGCACACCCGGCGGAAGACGCGGCCACCUGUGCGGCUGGUGCCCAAGGUCAAGUUUGAGAAGGUGGAGGAGGAGGAGGAGCAGGAGGUCUACGAGGUGUCCGUGCCCGGUGACGACAAGGAUGUGGGCCCUCCGGAGGCCCCUGCCGAGGUGGCCGGCAGCGGUGGCGAGGCCCUGGUGCAGAGCAGCGCCGUCAAGAUGAUCGACCUGAGCGCCUUCAGCCGCAAGCCCCGGACACUGCGCCACCUGCCCCGAGCCCCGCGGCCGGAGCUGGACGCCGCCGCCUACGACCCCCACUUCCCCGACCCGGCCCGGGAUGGCUUCCCGGAGCCCGGCGUGGCGCUGCCCGGGCCGGAGCCCCUGCCGUCCUCCGAGUGCAGCUUCGAAGCGCCCCACCUGGCCCCACUGGGCGACCCCGAGGCCCCCACCCUGGAGUCGCCGGAGCCCGUGAAGCCGGAGCAGGGCUUCGUGUGGCAGGAGGCCAGCGAGUUCGAGGCGGACGCGGCCGGCUCCACAGUGGAGCGCCACAAGAAGGCGCAGCUGGACCGGCUAGACAUCAACGUGCAGAUCGACGACUCGUACCUGGUGGAGGCCGGCGACCGGCAGAAGCGCUGGCAGUGCCGCAUGUGCGAGAAGUCCUACACGUCCAAGUACAACCUGGUAACGCACAUCCUGGGCCACAACGGCAUCAAGCCGCACUCGUGCCCGCACUGCAGCAAGCUCUUCAAGCAGCCCAGCCACCUGCAGACGCACCUGCUGACGCACCAGGGCACGCGGCCCCACAAGUGCCAGGUGUGCCAGAAGGCCUUCACGCAGACCAGCCACCUCAAGCGCCACAUGCUGCUGCACUCGGAGGUCAAGCCCUACAGCUGCCACUUCUGCGGCCGCGGCUUCGCCUACCCCAGCGAGCUCAAGGCGCACGAGGUGAAGCACGAGAGCGGCCGCUGUCACGUCUGCGUGGAGUGCGGCCUGGACUUCUCCACGCUGACGCAGCUCAAGCGCCACCUGGCCUCCCACCAGGGCCCCACCCUGUACCAGUGCCUCGAGUGCGACAAGUCCUUCCACUACCGCAGCCAGCUGCAGAACCACAUGCUCAAGCACCAGAACGUGCGGCCCUUCGUGUGCACGGAGUGCGGCAUGGAGUUCAGCCAGAUCCACCACCUGAAGCAGCACUCCCUCACCCACAAGGGCGUGAAGGAGUUCAAGUGUGAGGUGUGCGGCCGGGAGUUCACCCUGCAGGCAAACAUGAAGCGACACAUGCUGAUCCACACCAGCGUCCGGCCCUAUCAGUGCCACAUCUGCUUCAAGACCUUCGUGCAGAAGCAGACCCUCAAGACCCACAUGAUUGUACACUCGCCUGUGAAGCCAUUCAAAUGCAAGGUGUGUGGCAAGUCCUUCAACCGCAUGUACAACCUGCUGGGUCACAUGCACCUGCACGCGGGCAGCAAGCCCUUCAAGUGCCCCUACUGCUCCAGCAAGUUUAACCUCAAGGGCAACCUGAGCCGGCACAUGAAGGUCAAGCACGGUGUUAUGGACAUCGGCCUGGACAGCCAAGACCCCAUGAUGGAGCUGACGGGCACUGACCCCUCCGAGCUCGACAGCCAGCAGGAGAUGGAGGACUUCGAGAACGCCUACGCCUAUGCCGGUGUGGAUAGCAGCGCCGAGGCCAGCGUCCUCACCGAACAGGCCAUGAAGGAGAUGGCCUACUACAACGUGCUAUAGUAGUGCUGGGCCGUCCAGAGGGGGCGGGGAGGGCAGGGGACGUGGGGGGAGACCCACGUGCUGCGGGCCACCCCUCCCGCAGCGGAGAAGCUACUGCCCCACUGUCCUAAGCCCUCCUCCCCUCCCACCGAGUCGUUUGCACCACUAGGGACUUGUAGACCAAAUGGAGACUGUACUGGCCUCAGCUGUGACCCAGGCACAGGCCCCAGGCAUCUGGGGAAGGAAGGAAAACACAGGGGGCCCAGCUCUGGGUCGCCCUGGCCUGCUGCUGUGGGAGAGUGGGAAAAAUGCUGGCGGGGGCCAUAUGGGGCCAAGACAGUAGGGCCCAGGUCCUCAGGUCUGUCCAGGCCCCACAGAGCUGGGGCAGUGGUGUGGGCGGGGCCUCCUGAUAGCUCCUCAGGGGUCCUGGCACUGGAGGAAGACAGCUUGAGCCUGGCCUUGUUUCCCUUCCCCACCAACUCCUGCCUCUAGGGAUGUCUGAGCUCCUGUGCUGGUCAGCAUCGCCCGCCCCACCCCCGCCCUAUCCCCCCACCAGGCCCUGGGCUGGGAAACGCUUAGGCCCCAGAGCCCCCUUCCCCACCCCAUCCGUCAACAGCCAGGCAGGGCCCCCUGCCUUCUACCUCCUGGUGCCUCCCGCGCUCUCCGGAGCCAGGCAUGCAUGCAGCCCGGUCCUGGCCUCAGGAAAGCGGGGUAUAGCCCAGCCCCCAGCCGGUGUCCUCCCCAGCCAACCCCCCGAAGGCCCCCACCUUCCAGCAGUUUGAAAGUGGGUGUCCCUAAAGUAGAUUUCAGCGGUUGUCAUCCAGUUCCUUGCUGAACGGGUCACUGCACCAGGGUCCCCCGACGUUGAGUAGAGCAGGGACGUGCCUUUGGCUGGGCACUCGCUAAGCAGACGGAGGCCCCUCGAAUGAAGGGCAGGGGACCAAGAGGGGCUGUCCUCAGAGGCGGCCCAGGACCACCUUGGGGUUGCUGGGGUGCUGUAUUAUUAACAAGUAUGCGUGUUGAGGAAGCAGACAGCCAAGAGUCAACAGGUUCCCAAGAAGAGCCACUUAGUUAAAAAGAAAAUGAAGACCAUAGAGAAAAAAAAAUUUUUUUUGAG